UAUUUUGGGGAAAUAUCUAAUAAUUGUAGAUGUGAAUGUGUGAGUUUGCAUGAAAUCAAAUCGACGAGCUUUUUCUCCGAUCCGGCAACGAUCGACAUAGAUUAACAUGGUGAGGCGAGAGGGUGCUAUCGUGCGCUGGUGGUGGGUGGUGUUACUCUUGUUGGCGUGCGCAUCGCGGAGGAGCGCUGCAAUAUGGUUGAAUCUGCCGGCGACCGGCACCAAAUGCGUCUCCGACGAGAUUCACAACAACGUCGUCGUUUUGGCCGACUACGUCGUCAUAUCCGACGAUCACGUCCACCCUACCCCCACCAUUUCCGCUAAGGUGACUUCUCCGUAUGGCAACACUCUGUAUCGGCAGGAAAACAUUACGCAUGGUCAAUUUGCAUUCACGACUACUGAGGCUGGAAGUUAUUUAGCUUGUUUCUGGGUCGAUGGCAACUAUUCGGGCACAGGGGGGCUAAGCAUCAACAUGGAGUGGAAAACUGGUAUUGCAGCAAAGGAUUGGGAAUCAGUUGCAAGAAAAGAAAAGAUCGAGGGUGUCGAGCUUGAACUUAGAAAACUCGAAGAAGCAGUGGAGACGGUCCAUGAAAAUCUUCUCUACCUUAAGACCAGAGAGGCAGAGAUGAGGACAACGAAUGAAGCCACUAAUUCUCGGGUUGCUCUGUUCAGCCUCAUGUCACUCACCAUAUGCAUUGUGGUUUCAGCACUCCAAAUAUUGUACUUGAAGAGAUAUUUCCAAAAGAAAAAGUUGAUUUAGAUGAAAUGGUAGAUGAAUAGCUCAUUGAGAUGUGCUUUUUUUGUUUUCAUUUUGCAGUUGAUUAUGUAUCAUCACAAUUUUGUUUUUGAUUAAAAUCAUUAUCAUUCUUUGUUUUUGCAUA